CAGGACCACUCCCAUUUAUUUCAAUCUCUUCUCUUCUCUUCUCUUCUCUUCUCUUCUCAUCAUUUUUCUCUCUAAAUCAAUGGCCUCCCUCUACUUCUCAAUUGUCGUUGUUGUCGUCGUCGCCAUUGCCACUGCCAUGGCCGUGCCUGAACACGAGCACGACCGGAUCACCUCCCUUCCUGGCCAACCGCCCGUCGCAUUCUCUCAAUACUCGGGGUAUGUCACCGUCAACCAACAACACGGCCGAUCUCUGUUCUAUUGGUUGACAGAAGCAACGUCUCUCCCUGAGAAAAAACCUCUCAUUCUUUGGCUCAAUGGAGGGCCCGGUUGUUCAUCAGUGGCAUAUGGAGCCUCCGAGGAAAUUGGACCAUUCAGAAUUGACAAAACUGCUUCUUCUCUUUACCUUAACAAAUACUCAUGGAACAAAGAUGCAAAUCUGCUGUUUCUGGAAUCACCUGCCGGAGUUGGAUUCUCCUACACAAACACCUCCUCCAACCUCGAAGACACCGGUGACAACCGAACUGCUGAGGAUGCUCUUAUUUUCCUCGUCGGAUGGAUGUCGAGAUUCCCACAAUACAAAUAUAGAGAAUUCUACAUUUCAGGGGAGAGUUACGCCGGACACUACGUCCCACAGCUAGCAAAGAGGAUUCUUGACUACAACAAAGCCAACUCUAACAACUUCAUCAACCUCAAAGGCUUCCUCGUGGGGAAUGCAGUAACAGAUAUGAACUAUGAUGCUCUCGGGACGGUGACGUAUUGGUGGACACAUGCUAUGAUAUCAGAUACAACAUACAACUCCAUCCUCACGCAUUGUAAUUUCACCUCAGACAAGACUUCCAAACCAUGCGACAAUGUCAUUAGCUAUGCCAUGAACCAUGAGUUUGGCAAUGUUGAUCAGUACAGUAUCUACACUCCGAAAUGCCCCGUCGUGGUUCCAAACAACACGGUUUCUCCAGCAAGGGGGGCCGCUAUUAGAUUCAAAAACUCUCUUCUGAGGCGGAGGGUGUCAGGGUACGAUCCAUGUACCGAGAAUUAUGCAGAAAAGUACUAUAAUCAAAAAGAGGUUCAGAUGGCUAUGCAUGCCAAUGUUACUGGAAUUCCCUACAAAUGGACUGCUUGUAGCGACAUUCUACUUAAGAACUGGAAGGAUUCCCAAGAAUCCAUGUUGCUCACAUACAAGGAGCUGAUUGCAGCUGGUCUCAGGAUAUGGGUUUUUAGUGGAGAUACAGAUUCGGUGGUACCAGUGACAGCCACCAGAUUCGCCCUCAACCAUCUCAACCUUCCUAUUAAAACUCGCUGGUAUCCAUGGUAUUCUAGAGGACAGGUCGGUGGACGGACAGAGGUUUAUGAAGGGCUGACCUUUGCCACAGUGAGAGGAGCUGGACAUGAGGUUCCAUUGAUCCAACCACAGAGAGCUUUGACACUUUUCAGAGCGUUUCUAUCAGGAAAACAAUUGCCAAAAUAUUGAUUUACAUGCAAAGAAACAGAUCAAUGAACAGAGACAAGAAACUGUUCGUUAGUGUCUCGUUUCUAGAUACCUGUCAUUAAUUACCAUAAUUCCAGUACAGAACAGUGCUGAGAGUGAGCUAGAAUUGUAUUCAUUCUACAAUUAAUAUUGGAUAGACCAUGCCAAUGUUAUCACCCAUUUCAACUACGCAGAUGACAAGGUUGAAGAUUAUUUUACUAACGUUUGUUGGUGAUU